CCCUGCUCCCUCACAUACUCAAUUAUCCCUGCUCCCUCACCUACUCAAUUAUCCCUGCUCCCUCACAUACUCAAUUAUCCCUGCUUCCUCACCUGCUCAAUUAUACCUGCUCCCUCACCUGCUCAAUUAUCCCUGCUCUCUCACAUACUCAAUUAUCCCUGCUCCCUCACAUACUCAAUUAUCCCUGCUCCCUUACAUACUCAAUUAUUCCUCCUCCCCCACCUACUCAAUAAUCCCUGCUCCCUCACCUACUCAAUUAUCCCUGCUCUCUACCAUACUCAAUUAUCCCUGAUCCCUCACAUGCUCAAUAAUACCUGCUCCCUCACCUGCUCAAUUAUCCCUGCUCCCUCAACUAUUCAAUCAUCCCUGCUCCCCCACCUACUCAAUUAUCCCUGCUCCCUCAACUACUCAAUUAUCCCUGCUCCCUCACCUACUCAAUUAUCCCUGCUCCCCCACAUACUCAAUUACUCCUGCUCCCUCACCUACUCAAUUAUCCCUGCUCCCUCACAUACUCAAUUAUCCCUGCUCCCUCACCAGCUCAAUUAUACCUGCUCCCUCACCUGCUCAAUUAUCCCUGCUCCCCCACCUACUCAAUUUUCCCUGCUCCCUCACCUACUCAAUUAUCCCUGCUCUCUCACAUACUCAAUUAUCCCUGAUCCCUCACCUGCUCAAUUAUACCUGCUCCCUCACCUGCUCAAUUAUCCCUGCUCCCUCAACUAUUCAAUCAUCCCUGCUCCCCCACCUACUCGAUUAUCCCUGCUCCCUCAACUAUUCAAUCAUCCCUGCUCCCUCACCUAUUCAAUUAUUCCUGCUCCCUCACCUACUCAAUUAUUCCUGCUCCCUCACAUACUCAAUUAUUCCUGCUCCACCACCAACUCAAUAAUUCCUGUUCCCCCACCUACUCAAUUAUCCCUGCUCCCUCAACUCUUCAAUUAUCCCUGCUACCCCACCUACUCAAUUAUUCCUGCUCCCUCAACUAUUCAAUCAUCCCUAUUCCCCCACUUAAUUAUUCCUGCUCCCCCACCUACUCAAUUAUCCCUGCUCCCUCAACUAUUCAAUCAUCCCUGUUCCCUCACCUACUCAAUUAUUCCUGCUACCUCACAUACUCAAUUAUCCCUGCUCCCUCAACUUUUCAAUCAUUCCUGCUCCCCCACCUACUCAAUUAUCCCUGCUCCCUUACAUACUCAAUUAUCCCUACUCCCUCACAUACUCAAUUAUCCCUGCUCCCUUACAUACUCAAUUAUUCCUGCUCCCCCAUCUACUCAAUUAUCCCAGCUCCCUCACCUACUCAAUUAUCCCUGCUCCCCCACCUAA